AUGUCUCAGCUCGGUGCCGCACCAAGCUUCAAGGUUGUCAGCCGCGAGGAUUGGCUCGUGGCCCGCAAGGCGCUGCUGGACAAGGAAAAGGAGCUGACGCGGGCCAACGACGCUCUCUCGGCCCAGCGCCGAGCACUGCCCAUGGUCAGGUUGGACAAGUCAUAUACCUUGAGCUCGCUGGCGGGCGAGAGCGUGACGUUGGCCGAUCUUUUUGACGGCAAAGACCAGCUCAUCGUCUACCAUUUCAUGUUCGGCCCCGAGUCGGACCAAGGCUGCCGGGGGUGCUCCCACAUCGGCGAGGCGCUGCCAGAUGUACGCCACCUGCGGCUCAAGAACACCAACCUCGUCGUAGUCUCCCGCGCCCCGCCCGAGAAACUCGAGGCCUUCCGGGCCCUCAACGGCUGGACCUGGCCAUGGUACUCGAGCCAGGGCUCCGACUUCAACUACGAUUUCCACGCUACCAUGGACGAGUCCAAGCGCCCCAUGGAGCUCAAUUUCCGCACCAAGGACGAGAUGAAGGCCCAGGGCAAGAGCUGGUACUCUGGCGAUGUGCCUGGCUUCAGCAUCUUUUACAAGAGAGACGGCGACAUCUUUCACACUUACUCGACGUUUGCCAGGGGCGCGGAUAAGGUGAUGCCAACCCUGCAGCUGCUCGACAUGACGCCGCUGGGCAGGCAAAUUGGCCCGCAGGGGCCAGCCGAGUUUAGGCUCAAGCACGAAUAUGAUUGA